AUGCCCGUAGUGGAGAGCGAUGCCGUGUCGGAAGAGGUACUGGGCUUGAUCCGGCCCCACUUCAGCAAAGUCAAGGCGCCCAGCACGUACGACAAGGUCUACAAGGAUGAGUGCAUGUUCUCGUUCGACACGCCGUUCUCGCCCGGAGGGCUAUUCGUGAGCCUUGCAAACUGGCAGGGCUUCGGCCAAGACUUCAUCGGUCUUGCACUGGAGAGGGGAGCGGGGUGCCUGUAUGUGCACCAGGUAUGGAAGCGCGUGCCUAAGGCUGCGGCCGCCGCCGGCGAAGGUGCAAACGACGCCAGCAUGGACACCACCGAUGAUUCGGGGGGCUCGAAGGCUGACCCGACCGUGCUCGCGCUGGGAGUGGACGGCGGGUUCCGGACCGACGAGCAGAAGUACGACAUCGUCAAGACGCACCGGCUAGUUGCCUUCAAGGCUGGCGGUGGAACUGACGGCGUGAGCGUCAGUUAUCCCGACGAGGCGCUGCCUACGAUCGUUAGCCAGGCGGUCGACGCCAUCAUCGAGCAUCAAGGCGCGGCAGAACAGACUGAGGGGAGCCAGUGGGUGGCCGACAACGAGCUUAUCGUGAGCAAGUACGCCGACACACUGGAGCACGUCGACAGCGGCCGCAGGAUCUCUUCCGAACCCCAAGACGUGGGUGUGCGAAAACAGCGGAAAGACGGAGAACCUCUGGCUCAACCUGUCCACCGUCAGGCACCGUGCGGGGUUUCCAGUCGGGAUCGCUGUCUCGAGGUCACCAAGCCCGUUCCGUAUGUUUUAUUAUUUCCGCGGGUUUUUCCAGGCUACAUCGGGUCCGGGCGUCAGAACUGGGACGGGUCUGGAGGAACUGGAGCAGCGCUCCGGCACUACGAGGAGACCGGGAGAAAGUACCCCUUGGCCGUCAAGCUGGGCACCAUCACCCCCAACGGGGCGGAUGUCUACAGCUACGCUCCAGAGGAAGACUCUAUGGUCAAGGACCCCAAGCUGGCGGAGCACUUGGCUCGGUGGGGCAUCGAUGUGCUCAAGGUGGAAAAGACGGACAAGACCAUGGCGGAGCUGGAGGUGGAGCUGAACAAGUCGUACGACUUCAACAAGAUCACGGAGGCUGGCGCCAAGCUCAGGCCGCUGUCCGGACCUGGCUUCACGGGCAUCAAGAACCUCGGGAACUCGUGCUACAUGAACAGCUGCUUGCAGGUGCUGUGUACCCUACCGGAGAUUGGGCAGAAGUACGACGGUACGGGCACGGAAGUCUUCAAGACGGCCCCCGAAGACAUCGCCUCGGACUUCCCCGCUCAGAUGUCCAAGGUAGCUUCUGCCCUGCUCUCCGGCAAGUACUCGACGCCUGCUCAAGCCGGCGACGCCGAGAAGGCACCUGCGGGUGACGGUAAGGGCGAAGAAGGAGGGGAAGAGUUGGUGGUGGUUGCGCCGAGAAUGUUCAAGUACCUGGUGGGGCAGGGGCACGCCGAGUUCUCCUCCGGCAGGCAGCAAGACGCCGCGGAGUACAUGCAGCACCUGCUUGAGUUCAUGCGCCGCUCCGAGCGCACUAGUGCCGGAAGGCUCGGAGGGGGCGACGGUGCUCGCGAGACGGCCAGCCUAUUCCAGUUCCGAUUGGUGGACCGGCUACAGUGCCAGCAGAGCGGGACUGUCAAGUACACUACGCAGGCUGCGGACAACCUGCUCAGCCUCCAGAUCCCGGUGGAGGCAGCCGUCAACAAGACCGAGGUCGAGGCCUACAAGGAACGCCUCAACAAGAGGCAGAAGUGCGACCCCAAGGCCACCACCACCAACAACGAGGAGGAGGUGGAGGAGGAGAUCAAGCCGGUCGUUCCCCUGUCGGCGUGCCUGGCGAGGCUGGCGGCAGACGAGACCUUGCCUGACUACCGCAGCCCCGCGACUGGGAAGGCUGGGCCUGCCCUCAAGCACGUCCGCCUGGGGAACUUUCCCAGAUAUCUCUUGGUGCAGCUGCGCAGGUACUACGUGGACACUGACUGGCAGCCGAAGAAGAUGGACGUGGAGGUCGAGGUCCCUCUCACGCUAGACCUCGAGGCACUGAGGUCAACGGGAAUGCAGGCGGAUGAGGUGCCUAUGCCAGAGGGGGACGAUGCGGUGCCCCCCGCGGCGGACGACCCGGCUGCUGCUGCUGCUGCUGGCUCUGCUGGUUCUGGCGCUCAAGGAAGAGCGGUGGUCCCUGAUGCCGAGCUGGUGUCGCAGCUGAUGGCCAUGGGGUUCCAGGAGAACGGGUGCAGAAGGGCGGCCGUGGCGGUCAACAACGCCUCUGCAGAGGUGGCGAUGAACUGGGUGCUGGAGCACAUGGGCGACGCCGACUUCAAUGACCCCCUCCCCGCACCCGGCGCAUCCACCGGGACCCCCCCCGCCGCCGGCGGCGGCGGCGACGGUGAUGCGGCGCCAGACCCCGAAGCUUUGAUGAUGCUGGUCAGCCUGGGUUUCACGGAGAGGCAGGCGUCGGGAGCGCUGAAGGCUACGGGGGGGGACGCGGCCAGGGGAGCGGACUGGCUGUACAGCCACACAGACGACCUGGACAAGGCCGUCUCGGAGCAACUCGACCCGAAGGCAGCUGCGGCUGGAGGAGAAGGGGGUGGUUCAGCUAGCGACGCUCCCAUUGACGAUGGUCCUGGAAGGUACUCGUUGGUAGGGUUCAUCUCGCACGUGGGAAAGAACACCGGGUGCGGUCACUACGUGGCUCACAUCCGGAAGGAGGGCCGGUGGGCGAUCUUCGACGACCGCAAGGUGGCCGAGUCGGAGCACCCCCCCCUCAGCCUGGGCUACCUGUACCUCUUCAAGAGAGACGAGUAGUCUAGGUAUUCAGAGGGAGGGUUGGUUAAUACGUUGUUACAACACCAGGCGGGGCCGUCGUCUAGCAGGACAGCCCGUCGUAAUGCUUGUAACACUGGUUGCUGUGGUAGAGAAAAGGCCCGACUGUUGCUUCAUUUCUCUAUCCACAGCGGUGACUGCUGACCAGAAUGUCGUGCGUUGAAGAACAGAAGAAGCGGGUGGAGUUUGUGUUUGAUCUUGGGCUUAGCCUGGCCUAGGGCAAUGAUUAAGAUAAUCUUACGCCAAUACCCGGCGGGACUUUUUCGUAUGCUUCAGAUGUGUGUGGUGUUCGAGAAAGCCACGGGUGACAACCGUAUCCCCCUUUCUUUGUGCGUUGCCCUUCGGUGUCGCAAUAGUCAACGACGUCCGCUAGACGGGUACCCGGUACUGAUGCUUGCGAAGCAGUACCUCAAGCCGUA